GGCGAUUCUCUUCUCCAGCUACUUGGUCCUUUCCUCUCUCUCUUCUGAAGGGACACCGAGUUGGCUACCUAGAAAGCAGUGAAAAGAGAGCGAAUCUGACGAGCGAAUCUGGCUAUGACGGGUCUUGCAUAACACGAACAUGUGCACGCGCACGGCUCGAAAUUCGAAUAUCCGUGGAGCCCGAGGCUUCCCCGCUAUGGAAGGGCGCUAGUGAAGCCAAGGAAGUCAAGAUCCGAAGAAGGGGGUCGCAGCUGAGCUUUUCUGCUAACGUCUCAUCUUCCCACUCUCUUUCUUCUCUCAAAGCCAGCUGAAUCAUGGCGGGAGACGACGCGGCAGGCGGCAGCAGCAGGUGGCGCUCCGUCACGUACGACAACGAGCACGGCAUUGGCCUCGACUACCUGAGCCCGCCCGCAGGGACGCACGGGGCACCCUUCUUCUUUGUCGUCCACGGCGGCAGCUUCGUCGCAGGCAACCGCUGGUCCGUCGGCAGCUGGCCCGUCGCCAUUGCCCUGAAGCGCGGCUGGGGCUAUGUCACCGUCGACUAUCGCCUCCUGCCCGAGUCGAGCGCGGCCGAGGGAGUCAGCGACGUCCUGCGCGCGUGGGACUUUGUCACCUCGGGCAAGCUCAACACGGCCUCAUCGUCGCUCGAUGGGGCAAAGGGCAUUCCGCUAGGCGCGAGCGCGGGCGGGCACGCCGCGAGAUCCGUAGCAGCCCUGGCCACGCCGACACCGGUCGCGCUUCUCGAGGUCUACCCGGCCCCGCCGCUGGACCACGAGGCCUACUACAGUCCCCUGCCCACGUCUGUGCCGCACCCGCUGCUCACGCCCGAGGUCCACCCCGCGGUGCUCGAGGCGCUCAAGAGCGGACAAAAGGCAUUCACGGGGUCGAUCAUCGGCCCGCUGCCCAUCCUUGGCCUGCCGGAGGACAUCAUGCACCAGAAAGCGCUCGCCAAUGGGCUAUCCGAGGAGGAGAUCGAGCGGCUCGGCGCAGCCCGGCCGAUGGCAGAGGCGGACCACUUGAGGAACGCGCUCUCGAUCCACCUCCUCAACCAGGGCAUCAUGGGCGAGAAGUUUGAGGGCCCAAACAAGGAUGCCGACUGGGCCAAGACGCCCAAGAACCCAGCGCUGGCCGCGGCCGAAAAGGGGGCCGCCUGGCCACCGACGUGCGUCGUGCACGGCGACGCCGACUUUCUCGUGCCCUUUGCCCUCUCCGAGGCCUACGUGGCCCAGCUCACCGAGGCGGGCGUCAGCGAUGUCCGCCUCGUCCGUGCGCCUGGCGGCAAUCACGGCUUCGAUGUCGCGUGCGACGCCUCGUCGCAGCCUGUGCGCGAGGUCGAGGCCUUUCUCGACGACGUCAAGGCUCUCAAGUAGCGCAGACCGUGCACGUUGCUUGCUUGCCUGCUGUGAAGGACUCUGCGAUGUAACUCUCUGCUCAAUGUUGUUGAAGAUGGCGAGGGUGGAGUGAAUAAUGAUAGCUAUUAAUUUCCGGCCAG